AUGCCUCUUGCAGAUAAAAUUUUAAUGAGAAAAAUAAAAAAGAGGGAGAAGAAGAAAAUAGAAAUUCUUGCACAGAAAGCAAGAAACAAAAGUGAUGUUGAGGACAUUCUAAAAGAGAAUGAACCAUUAGAAACCAAUAAAAGAUAUCUGGAAGGCAAAACAUCUAGUGAAAAAGCAAAAAAAAAGAAGAAAGUUGGUACGAAACUUGAACUUUUGGAAGUUAGGGAUAAGGAAAGUGAUAAUAGUGAAGAAAAAAAAUUAAAGGAUGACGACACAAACAGCAAUAGCAAUUCCGAUAAUCAAUAUCAAAUCUUAAUGAAAAAAAUCAAAAAGAAGGAGAAGGAAAUUCAUCGUCAGAUACUUCAGGAUAUUGAAGAUAUGGAUAAGUUAGAAUCAAAUAGGCAUGUUGAAGACAACAAAUCUAGUGAAAAGGCAGUGAAAAAAAAAAAGAAGUUUGACACAGAAGUAGAACUUAUGGAAGUUGUGAAUGAGGAUAGUGAUAAAAGUGAAGAAAAAAGUACAAAGAAUGGUGAUACAAAUAAUACCAAUUCUGACAAUCAAUAUUCAAGUCUAUCCAUAACAACUCCAGUGGAUCGGAAAUUUUCUGCAUUAGAAGGAUUGUCUGAAGCUACUCUUAAGAGUAUCAAAGAAAUGGGUUUCACUACAAUGACAGAAAUCCAAGCUAAAACUAUGCCACCAUUGUUGUUAGGACGUCACUUAGUUGGUGCUGCUAAGACAGGUUCAGGAAAAACACUAGCUUUUCUUAUACCUGUUGUUGAACUUAUAUAUAAAUUGGAAUUCAAACCAUGGAACGGUACUGGUGCUAUUAUUCUGACUCCGACAAGAGAAUUGGCAAUGCAAACUUUUGGUGUUUUAAUGGAAUUGAUGAAAUAUCAUCGUCACACUUACGGUCUGAUAAUGGGUGGUGCUAAUAGAAGUAAAGAGGCUCGAAAAUUAUUUUUUGGAAUUAACAUAUUGGUUGCAACACCUGGACGGCUAUUAGAUCAUCUUCAGAACACGCCAGAUUUUGUGUAUAAAAACAAUUUUUGCUUGGUUAUCGACGAGGCCGACAGAAUACUUGAGAUUGGUUAUGCAGAAGAAGUCAAACAAAUCAUCAAAUUGUUGCCCAGUUAUCGGCAAAAUAUUUUGUUCACUGCUACAUGGACAAAACAAACAGAAGCAUUUGCAGCAUUAGCAAUGGACAAAUGUCAUGCAAUUUAUGUCGGUAUUGAUGACAACAAAGAAAAAGCUACAGUAGAGACAUUAGAACAAGGUUUUCUCGUGUGCCCAUCAGAAAAACGUAUAAUAGUAUUGUUUUCAUUCUUAAAACGAUGCAGAAAUAAGAAAACCAUGGUGUUCUUCUCAAGUUGUAUGUCUGUAGAAUAUCAUUAUAAACUCUUCAACUACAUAGAUCUACCUGUCAUGGCUAUUCAUGGUAAGCAGGAACAGACCAAGCGAACCACGACGUUCUUCCAAUUCUGCAAUGCUGAAUCGGGGGUUUUAUUAUGUACGGAUGUCGCUGCAAGAGGUCUCGACAUUCCAGCAGUAGACUGGAUAGUUCAAUAUGAUCCACCCGAUGACCCUAAGGAAUACAUACACAGAGUUGGUAGAACGGCUCGAGGGCUCGGAACAAGAGGGCAAGCGGUGGUUUUAUUACGUUCUGAAGAACUAGGAUAUUUGAGAUAUUUGAAAGAGGCCAAGGUCGUCCUCAAUGAAAUGGAUUACCAUCCCCAUAAAAUAUUUGAUAUAACACAACUGCUCGAAACAAUAUUAUCUAGAAACUAUUACCUCAGGCAGCUAGCUAAAGAAGCCUUCAUAAGUUACUUACGAGCGUACGACUCUCAUCAUCUCAAGAAUAUAUUUAAAAUUGACUCUUUAGACAUUGCAUCGGUUGCAAAGUCUUUCGGAUUCGCCGUGCCACCAGUACUAGACUGGAAAUUAGCUCCCAAAGGUCCCCCAAAGAAAAGAAGAAGAGGUGACGGUAACGGAUAUUCUAAUUCUAUAAAUGCAUCAACCAGUUAUAAGAAUAAAGUCAAGAAGGUGAAAUUAUAUAAACAAAAACGUGACUCCAAAAAAUUAUGAUGAUAAAA